AUGGGACAAAUCAAAACGGGUCCUUCUGGUUCCGCACCUCAUCGAGUCCAAGCAGAAUAUGAGCCACAAUCUCAAGCAAUUAUAUUGCUUCAUGAGCCAACCGUUGGGGCUACUACACCAACACAAAAUGAACAAUCGGUCGCUGCAAUCUACCAGAAUCAACGGGGCUUAAGCGCCAAUGAUCUACUAACUCCACAGCUUGCUCAGCAGCAGCUAGAACAGCAACGCUACCAACCACAAACUAACCUGGCAUACGAGGUUCCACCACCAGCUGCUCCGGCCCAGGGCGCCCAGUUUCCACCCCAAAGCUCACAAAACACUGAAGUAGUUUACACAACUGGACUGAACCACCUUGUGGAAUACCCACCACAAAGCCGGCAAUCAAUCACAAUUCAGCCAGGGCUGCUCCCGCCCCAAGGCCCGCAAACCCAUGUGAUGAUGCACUCAAAUGAGCCUAAUCAGCACGCGAUCUACCAACAACAAGAAGGACCACGUCCACAAGCAAUAUAUCAGCAACCUCCACCUAGUUAUCCUCAAAAUAUAGCCCAGCCAUUUGUUUCCAAUUGUGCAUCACAUUCGCAAACCUUUUACGAAGCUAGUUACCAGGUUCCUCCACAGUAUGUGGUUAUGCCGCCAUACAUUCAUGGUACUGUGAGUCAAGUCACCGCUGCAUCGGGGGUUCUACUGCCUGUUGAGGGCUGGAAAACUGGCCUGUUUGAUUGCAUGGAUGACCCAAUGAAUGCUCUCAUAACAGUUUGCUUCCCAUGCGUGACAUUCGGCCAGGUCGCAGAGAUUGCGGACGAGGGCCAUACCUCUUGUGCAACCAGUGGAUUGCUUUACGGUUUGAUUGCAUUCUUGAUUGGGGUUCCCUGCAUACUGUCAUGCACAUACCGCACGAAACUUAGGAACAAGUUUGGGCUGGAAGAGUCUCCAGCACCAGAUUGGGUUACACACUGUUUAUGUGACUUCUGCGCUCUUUGUCAAGAAUAUCGGGAACUUCAACGACGAGGGUGGGAUCCAUCCAUAGGAUGGCAUGGGAACCUAGCAAAGAGACAGAGCAUGCAGCAGCAGCAACACCUUGUCAUGAUGCCUCCAAUCAACCAAACAAUGAUUGGUUGA